AUGUUAAAGGAGAAGCUAUUCAAGUUUAUGAACUAUUACUACUUCAUUAAAAAUUACUACAUUUACCAUAUCCUCUUUCUGUACACCUUUUUUUUAAGGAUAACCUACACAUACGCAGAAAUUACCAUUUCGCAUUUUUUUACCUUCCUGUUGAGUAAAUAUGAAAAUAUUGAGUCGCAAAAGGAGGAGGAGAAUUUCUUUUACUAUUUCACGCACUUCUUCAAUUUUAACAAUAAGAAUGAUGACAAGUUUUUAAACACGAAAUUGUUUGUGGUUGUGUAUUUGCCAGUGUGUUUAAAAUGCUUCUACACACUUUUCUUCGACUACAUCGCAUACUAUGUGUACAUUCGCUACUACUUCAAUAGGAUAAAUAAAAACUUCAGGAAAAUUUACUAUUCAUCUGUGUCGUAUGAAAAUGGGGCUCCUCAAAUUGGUGAAAGUUUUUUUUUUAAAAAGGACAAAGGUGGACUUGUGCACAGAAUUAGUAAAAGGAAAAAAAACUCACAUGAUGUGUGUGUGAAGCGGCUCUCUGACAUGUCUCUCUACCAAUGCAGGAAAUAUAUGUUGCGGAAAAAAAAGGCCUUUUCCCUGUGGCAGAGGAAAAAGAAUUUACGGAUUAACAGAAAUGAACGAAGCAAUAAACGAAGCAAUAAACGCAGCAGCGAACGAAGAAACAGCACCGUAAAAAAGGCUGCAUCUAAAGAAGACACGAAGAAGAAACAUCCACGCAUUAAAUUUAUUACCUGUAGAAAUAGUUUUAUAAAAAAUAAACUCCUAAAUUGUGACCAACGGGAUGCUCAGGGGAAUAAGCUGUUCCAUAAUGUGUAUAAGAAUAGGAGGAAUAUUUUCUUCAGAAGGAAACAGAGAAGGAGAAAUGAUUCAGAGGGGGGGGUCCUUUCUUCUGGUAGCUCCACGGAGCAAGGAGCUAAGCGCAAAAAGGAUAAGUGCAUUUUUAACAAGCUUUAUAUCAGCAUGCAGAAGGGGUACAAUUUUGUGGAUAAUCUCCACCAGGGGAGGAAUAUUUUGGAUGGGACUACAGGCGUUAGUGGAACGACCAGCAUAUACGGUAUUGGCCCCAAUGGAGAAGACGAACAUAUGAGCGAUAAUGUGCACUACGACACCAGCGUCGUGGAGGUAAACGCCUUCUGCGCUCCAAACAGCUUGGUAGGAAGCGGAAACGAGGAAGACCUCCACUUGCUCAAAUUUAGGCUAGCUAAAAUGGGAGAUACGCAAGACGAUGUGACACCAAACCUUUUGCAGAAUAGCAAUGCAGAUUACUUCGAGCUGAACGGAUCGACCCCCAUUGGGCAUAACAAUGAGAGCGGGAAUUAUGAAGAAAUUCGCUUUGAAAAUUUGAGGGAAAAUGUGGUGUGCAUUUCGAAGACGCAUCAUUAUUCUGGUGAUAUGGAGGGUGCUGAAAAGGGCAAUCAGAGUGAGGAGGGGGAGGGCCCCCAAGGGAGUGGCGGCCAAGUGUUGAUGGUCCCCCCGAAUGAUGACACACAGGGGGGCAAUCCAAAGGGGGACGGAGGAGAUGCCCCAAAUUACGAGGCGAAGAAGGUCAAGAAGUCCUACCGCACAUUGCGAGGGAGCCUAAAAAUGGACUACCUUUUUAAGGACAGCUGCGAAUUAGCAGAAAAUAACAACAUGGGGUCGGGGGAAAAUAACGAUUAUUAUUAUUAUAACAAAUUUAAAAAUUUUAACUACGGAAAGAAGGACAAUUUGCACAGCGUGAGGGAACUCAUAAACAACAAAAUAAACGCAGAAUAUUACCACCUAAAAUUGAACAUACUCAUUUUGUCGUGCAUAAUUAUACAGAUCUUUAACUCCUGCAUUUUGAUACUAAUUUCGAACAACUUUAUAAGGAAAAAGGAAAAAAUAUUUUUUUUCUGUUUUUUGUAUUCCCUACUAGAAAGCGUCACAGACGUGAUUUCAGAAAAUAUAUUUUUCCUGUGUGGUAAAUUUACGAAUAUAUACAAAAAAGAAUUCAGCAUUAACGCCAUCUACGUUAUUCAAGUUAUCAGCAAAAUGAUACUGAGCCUUUCGACCAUUUUUAUUUAUUUCGUCUAUCACAUUUUUGUAAUUCUUUACGAGCAUGUGAAUAUUAUGAUUAUAAACACGUUUAUUAAAACGCUGUCUAUUUUUGUCCUUUCUUUUAUUUUCCUCAAAAAUAAGGACAACUUUUUUAAUUACCAUAGUGAUGCAGCGUUUGCCAGCAUGAAUUUUGAGGAGGCGGGAGCCGCGACUGGUAGGGCGACCUCCUGCGAGGAGAGCGACUCCGUUAAGAUAGACAUCAAAGGGGGGGAAAUACGCAAAAAGAACGGGGCAAGUACCGCUACGAAUGCCCCAUCCGGGGAAGCGCAAACCGGGCAUGCUGCCAAAAAAGACCCCUCAGAAGUGAGUCACAGCGAUGCACCCAACCAUAGGAGCAAUUUCAACCAGGGAAUGUUUAGGAACUACCUCUACAAUGAUAAGUACUAUGGGAAUUAUUUUAACUUUUCGAAGAAUAACUACUAUGGUGAAAGACUUCUUAGUGACGAUAUUGUCUCAAAGGGGUCGUCGAAGGAAAAAGCAAAAUGCGUGAAUCCCUGUUUUGUAAAGCUGAAAUAUAUCACAGAAUUUUUAAACCUUUUUAAACUGCUAUCAAGAAUAAAAAGCUACAUUUUUAAGAAGGACGAAAUGAAGUAUAGCCACAGUUACACACUGCUAACUGUGCAGGAUGCAAAGGGUGAUGAUCAGAGUGUGGACCCGUUUUUUCGAAACAAAAGGGAAUACAAAAUUAGGAUUCCCAUUCUAGGGAACCUUAAAAAAUUGUUUAACAUUUCGGAUAACCUUGGUUGCUAUUCGGGUGUGCCAAACGCGGGGAUUACGAAGUAUAACUCCCUAAUUGAGAAGGAAAUGGAAUAUUUGCGUAAAAAAAGAAAAAAAAAACUGCACAGCGGCGGGCAGUACGGGGGAUACCCAUAUAACAUGGGCAACAUGAACAGGGCAAGAGGCUUAAACGGCUUAAGCGGCUUAAACGGUUUAAACAGCUUAAACAGCUUAAAUAGCUUAAAUAGCCUAAACAGCUUGAACAGCUUGAACAGCGUAAAGCGCGCGAAAAAGAGAAACGUCAUCGUGAGCUACCCGAUCAAGUUACUUCUGAGCAAUUUGAACUUUUCCAACAUUUUUUACAUCUGCUUAUUGCUAAUCAUUCCGACAUUUGAAAGGAUAUUCCUAAAUUAUAAAAUCAAAAACAUUAAACUAGACUUACACUGCUACUGCUAUCUCAAUUUUGUGAAUUAUGUGACGGAUCUGAUGGGUCUCUACCUUUACAUUAGUUACUUCAAUGAGGAAUCUUAUUCCUCCUCUAUAUUUCUCAGCUCCCUCAUCAACAUAUUCCUGAUGAGUUUUCGCUUUUUCUUCCUGCACAACCGGUUUAGCCAGAUAUGGUUGCUGUUCCUGGAAACCAUACUUAAGUCGCUUCACAAGACGUUCUUUUAUAUGCCUAUUUAUAUACUAGUCACGAAGGUGUACAUAAAGAACAUUCACAAUUUGAUGUGCUCCUUCUACUCCAGCAUUUUGGACGCCAGUUCCUUCGCCUCCUACUAUUUUGAAUAUCUUAUUCUGAGCUAUUACAACAUUGACGAUUCGAAGAAUGUCUUCAUCUUUGUUUAUAUCAUCUUCCUGGUGCUGCAUCUGUCAUCGCUCGUCGUUAUUUCGAAGUUGAAGAAGACGUGA